UUCUUCGUUCCCAGGGUUCCGUGAGAGCCGUUUGCCCCACCCCACCUCUUCAACGCUAUCUAUCUCAAUGUACAAUUCUCAGAGAAAAAAGGGGGCAAAAAUAAUUCAGAGUAACGCCGCAAAGAAAACGACUCUCAUUUCCCCGAGCGGUUCACCGGAGCAGACGCGGCCUGUCGGCGGUAACGAACAAACGUGUCGCCGUCGGACCAGUGAUUGAAAACACCGCGGUAUGUUCAUGUAUCAUGCACAUGUAACCAUAAUCUACCAUACGGAUUCAAAGGGAAUACAAAAAGCUGAGGAGAGACUUGACAGCGGGCUGUACCUGCGCCAAACGGGGAAAUAACGGAGGAUUUUCCAACGACUAUCACCUGGAUAUCGCGUUAUAUUCAAGGACAUCCCAACUGCCAAAAUCCGCCUUUGCUCGCGCGGAGAAGCUUUUCCGAUGUGAGGAGAAAUACAAAUUAACGUUACAGAGAGAAAAAGGACGGAGAAGGGGCCUCUUUUUUGGGUCUGGUCAAACCCUCCGACAAAAAGCAAGCACCAGCAUCUGUUGACGGCGAGAGGAAAUAAUUGUGACAUCGGCUAAAAACAGGAUAUUAUUGAUAAGGUUGCUAACAUCAACGACGACAGCCCACCUCCCCUCCCCAAAAUAAAACGGUGUAUAUAAUGUGACGGAUUUGAGAGACGGUUGUGAUAGAGAAAGAAGCCCCGGUGUAGCCUGAUGAUUCACAUGCCGUCAUUUUAAGAGGAAAUAUUUAUUUUUUAUUUUUAUUUUUCCUCAUCCGCCUUCUGAUGUGCUUUGGUGAGGUGGAUUGCAAACUACCCUGAUAGAUAAUAACCUUAAAUAUAUAUUGAAAGAAAAAGGUCGAAAAAUAGGGGUUGUGAGUGGAAAUGAAUGGCAGUGUGAGAUAUCUGCCGAAGAUGGGUUCCGGAGGAGACAUUUGCUAAGAAAAUUAAACCUAAUACACUGAAAACACACACACCAGCCUUUAUAUUUAAAGCAUCUGUAAGGAGACAGGAGCACCGUCGUUCAUUCAUGUACAUUGCAAGGCUGGGGAUUUCACUCUCUCAUAUCAAUGUUGAUGACUUCAUUGCGGAUUUACAGUGAAAAACACAAGAAUCGUCUGAGAGGGCGGCAUCGUUGCUCUGCUCCUGUGUUUUUUUGAGUGAUCUCUAGGUGAUAAAUCGCCAGUAAAUAGCCACAUCCAUCCAUACAUAUCGUGCCAAAGCCCUGGUGGAGGCCACCGUCUACUUACUACCUUAACAGGUUUACAUCUUGUCUCAUCUGGCAACAUAAAUGUCACCCAUUUUGAGCCAGGUGUUCCUCUGUUGGGCCAGUCUAGGAAUUUAGGAUUGAUUGAUUUUUUUUUCCUUCUGAUCAACACCCUCCCUCCUUCCUCCCUCCCUGCACCCACCUACCCACCCAACCAACCACCCACCCUGCCUCCCCCCUGAACCUAACACUGGGUUUUUGGGAAGAUGGGCUGUCUUGGCAAUAGUAAGACCGAAGACCAACGAAAUGAGGAGAAGGCACAGAGGGAAGCCAACAAAAAGAUAGAGAAGCAGCUCCAAAAAGACAAACAGAUAUACCGGGCGACUCACCGGCUACUACUAUUAGGGGCCGGUGAAUCCGGGAAAAGCACGAUAGUCAAACAGAUGCGAAUAUUGCACGUUAAUGGCUUCAAUGCAGAGGAGAAAAAACAGAAAAUACACGAUAUUAAAAACAACAUUAAAGAAGCUAUAGAGACGAUUGUGUCCGCCAUGACUACGCUCACACCGCCAUGCCAGUUAGCCUGUCCUGCAAACCAAUGCCGAAUCGAUUAUGUCCUGAACCAAGCAAACCAGAAGGAUUUUGAGUUUCCUUCGGAGUUUUAUGACCAUGCAAAGAUCCUCUGGCAGGACGAUGGGGUGCGGGCCUGCUGGGAAAGGUCCAACGAAUAUCAACUCAUCGACUGUGCACAGUACUUCUUAGACAGGAUCGAUGUGGUCAGGCAGAAUGACUACACACCCACUGAUCAGGACCUGUUGAGAUGCAGAGUACUGACAUCUGGGAUCUUUGAGACACGAUUUCAAAUAGACAAAGUCAAUUUCCAUAUGUUUGAUGUUGGAGGUCAGAGGGAUGAACGUCGAAAAUGGAUCCAGUGUUUCAACGAUGUGACAGCCAUCAUCUUCGUAGUGGCGAGUAGCAGCUACAACAUGGUGAUCAGAGAAGACAAUCAGACCAACAGACUACAGGAAGCCCUCAACCUUUUCAAGAACAUCUGGAACAACAGGUGGCUACGGACCAUUUCUGUAAUCCUCUUCCUGAACAAACAGGACCUGCUCGCUGAGAAGGUUUUGGCAGGGAAAUCUAAAAUUGAGGAGUAUUUCCCGGAGUUUGCACGCUACACUACACCAGAUGAUGCAAUACCAGAGCCAGGUGAGGAUCCCCGCGUCACAAGGGCAAAGUACUUCAUUCGGGAUGAGUUUCUGAGGAUCAGCACAGCCAGCGGGGACGGACGGCAUUACUGUUACCCCCACUUCACCUGCGCGGUCGACACAGAAAACAUCCGCCGCGUCUUCAAUGACUGUCGCGACAUCAUACAGCGGAUGCACCUACGGCAGUACGAGCUCUUGUGAUGGGCAGCGGCGUCUGGCCUACGUAUCUACCUACCAACCUACCUAUCUACCCCCACCCCCUCCCCCACUCCCUACAACCAGUUAGCCAAUCACCCCCUCCACUUCUACCAACUUCACCAAACGGCCGAGCCCUCGCCUCCAUCUCGAUACAGCUCCUACAGAACUUGUCCCACACGACUCCAGAAAAACAGUGGAAAGACUUUUUCUAAAAAAAGGAAACACAGUUAAGGAUCCACCAACAUCAUCUUCAUCACCUAUUAGCCAGGACUGACUGCUGUACUCAGCUACACUUUGACCCAGAAACGAGGGUCAGGACUGGAACCCCUCAGUGCAGGCUCUCCCUCCUUUAGCUCUCUUUCUCUCUCAGAUAUAUCAACACACACACACACACACACUCGCAGGUACACACACACUACAGCGUAAGACAUGCACAGCCCUUCGACAGGUUUUAAUGUCUCAUAUCACACACACACACACACACAGAUCCUUUAAAAGUCCUCCUGCUUUUAACAGUUACAGAGGCUGAAUUAAAUAAUGCAUCCUGAGAGAGAGGAGUUUAUUCACCGCGUGCUGAAGACGACGACGACGACGGAGGAGGAGGAGAAGGAGGAGGAGGAGGAGGAGGAGGAGAGAACGAUGGACACGGAGGGUGGCAAACUGAUACAGAGGAGGGCUGUGAGCCUUUUUUUUGUCGCCCGAACAGACGGACUAAUUGACUAAUGGCUGCCUGUGGACGUGAGCGUGACUCGAACAUAAGACCACACGGCUCACAUGACCCGCUCUUCAAGAACCCCGAUCGAGGAGGGACGGCAGAAAACAACAACAACAAAAAAUAUCGAGAAAAAAAAAAAAAGAAAUAUCAUACAAUGCAUAAAUUCAUGCAUACCAGUGAACUUCAUGCAGUGCAAAAAAUCCAAGCUAUAUAUAUAGAUAUUUAUAUAUGUGUGUAUAUAAAUAUGUAUAUAUAUAAAUAUAAAUAUUAUAUAUUCCUGUAAUAACACAAAUCAACUUUUAAGUUUUUGUUAGUUUUUACCCCAUGUUGUGUGUUGGUGUACACUGUGUGUGUGAUCAGCCUUUGUGCACCAUUUAAUCCCCCCCCCCCUCCUCCUCCUCACCUACACACACACACAUACAUAUACAGCCUCGCCCCCUUUGCCCCUGCUGCUAUCUGACAACUACUCAACAUGUGGAAAAUAAAGAAGAGGUUUUAUUUAAUAUGGAAAAUAACAAAAGGAAAGCAUGAAGAAGAAAUGACUUGUCGAGACUGGAUGCAACAUUUUACCUGGGAACACACGUGCGCACACACACACACACACACACACACACACACACACACACACACACACACACACACACACACAAGCACACAAGCUUCAGCCCUCAUCAGCCCCCCUUCUCUCCCCACAUGACAUCCUACCCCGCCACACACAACCACCUUUCGUCUUACUCUCUCACACCUCCCGCUCCCACUUCCUGUCCCCUCCCGGCUUUAAGUACGUCUGUCUUUAUUUUACUGCUGGACUAUUAUUCUUGUACAGACUGUAAAAUGUAUUAUUUUGUACAUCUUUAUUGAAGAAAAAAAAUUAACUUGUAGAAGAUCCCUGUGCCUUGAUCACGACUGUACGUGUAAAAAUGAGCUAAUAUGUAAGUUAUGUUUCACUGCGCUGUACAGCUGGACGGGUCUGUCCCACCUCGUCCGUGCUGGCUCACCCCUCCGCUGGAGGCUGGGGGGAGGGGCAUCGGAUCGGGGCGGAGGCCUUUCGUCUGUUGCUUAGUUUAUUUUAUUAUUUUUUUUCCUCCCCUCCCCACAUUUGUUUGUUCGUUGAUUCAUUUGUUUUGCUUUGACUCUCCUCUGGUUUAUAUAAUAG